UUCUCAUAUUUGUUUAUCUGCCUCAAAAUUUAUUGAUAAGAGCAUAAACCAGUUCAUUCUGAAUAAGUGAAAAACAGCAAAUAACUAUAUUAGCCCGACUGCUACCAGAUUUGAAUGUUUUGCAGUCUGCUAUGUGCUUUCCCAAACUACAACACUUACGUCCCUUUGUAAAUUUUUGAUGAUAUUCGAUAUUCCUCCGAAAUGACUGCAAUAAUCCUAACGUCUUUGCUAUUGUCGCUUUCAAUUGUUCCCGUUUUUAGCCAGUCAUCAAAUCGUUCAUUUACAAUCGAUUACGAGCACAACACCUUUGUUAAAGAUGGCAAGCCAUUUAGAUAUGUGUCUGGCAGUAUGCAUUACUUCCGUACACCUAACUACUAUUGGCACGACAGAUUGUCUAAAAUGAAAGCUGCUGGUUUGAAUGCCAUUCAGACUUACAUAGCAUGGAAUUUCCACGAGCCUUUACCUAAAGUCUACCAGUUUUCUGGGGAUCAUGAUUUGGUAGGAUUUUUGAAAACAGCUCAAGAUGUUGGCUUGUUGGUAAUAUUACGUAUUGGUCCUUACAUUGAUGCAGAAUGGGAUUUUGGUGGUUUUCCUUCAUGGAUGCUUUCAAGUACCUCAAAUAUAACACUACGUACCAUAGAUCCAGUAUAUCUCAAGUAUGUGGAUGAGUGGCUUGAUAAAUUGCUUCCUUUGCUGAAGCCCAUGUUAUAUUUAAAUGGUGGUCCUGUCAUUAUGGUUCAAGUAGAAAAUGAGUAUGGCAGCUACUUUGCAUGUGACCAUGAAUAUAUAAGGCAUUUAGAGAGAAAAGUUAAUCAAGCGUUCGAAAACAAAGCCUUUCUGUUCACAACUGAUGGAAAUUCUGUAGGCCGUAUUAAAUGUGGUGCUUUGCAAGGGAUGUAUGCUACUUGUGACUUUGGUAUAACAAAAAAUUUUACAAAGAGUUUUGCUGCACAAAGAGUAAUUGAGCCUAGAGGUCCUUUUGUUAAUUCAGAAUUUUACACUGGUUGGCUUGACCACUGGGGUGAGAAGCAUAAUACAGUUGAUGCUGACAAAUUUGCUGAUAGUCUUGACUUGCUGUUAAGAUAUGGUGCAAAUGUCAACAUGUACAUGUUUGAAGGUGGGACCAACUUUGGAUUUUGGAAUGGAGCCAACAAUCCUCCUUACAAAGCAGUGCCAACUAGUUAUGAUUAUGAUGCUCCUUUAACUGAAGCUGGUGAUCUCACUCCUAAGUAUUUCAAGAUCAAAAAUGUCAUUUCCAAAUAUUUUCCUGUAGAAAAGAAGGCUGUUCCACCUUCAACACCUAAAGCAAACUAUGGCAAACUAUUUCUUCAGAAGGGAGCCUCUGUUUUAGACCUUCUAUCAUACCUGAUGCCAAAGGGACCAAUCCUAACUAAAUAUACUGUUGCUAUGGAAGAUGUUAAACUGUAUUAUGGGUUCACAUUAUACAGACACCAGCUUCAAUCUUCAGUGUAUCAGGAGACUUUGAUAGGUCUUGAUGUAAGGGAUAGAGCAUAUGUUUCUGUGAAUCAGGAAUUCAUGGGUAUUUUAGAAUGGCAGUGGACAUAUGGGAUGAACAUCACAGGUAAAGCUGGUGACUUCUUGAAUAUUCUUGUGGAAAAUCAAGCUCAUAUAACAUUUGGCAACACCAUUAACGAUAACCUCAAGGGAAUCUUGAAAAGUUUGACCCUUAAUAACCAAACCCUUACCAAUUGGGAAAUGUAUCCAUUCUAUGACAUGCAAAGUCCAAACAAGACAGUUGUUGAAUCUUUCUUGAAAAAAGCUACAGAGAAUUCAAAUACAACAUCUUUGAAAAUUCCAACAUUCUAUCAUGGUCUCAUAAAUUUACCAAAUGAUAAAAGUCAAGUAAAUGAUACUUAUAUAGAUUUAAAACACUGGACCAAGGGUCAAGUGUACAUCAAUGGCUUUAAUUUAGGAAGAUACUGGACAGCAAAAGGCCCUCAAAUCCGAUUAUUUGUGCCCAAGACAGUAUUAGUACCUGGUGUGAAUAAUGUUGUGCUGUUCGAGCUAGAAUCAGCUCCCUGUGGUGAAGGAGAUCCUUGCAUUGUCACUUUUGUUGACACUCCUUUAAUUAACUCUACUACCAUAAGCAGUCGUGUUGUAUCUCAACAACAUACUUUACAUUAAUUUCAGUAAAAAAUUACAUUGAAAUUUUUAAUUUUUCUUUAAAAAUAUUUAAUUUAAUCUAAUUGAUUAAGUGAAAAAGUUUUAUAUUUUUCUAUUUCAAUUUUUGAUAAAUCAUUGUCAGACAUAAGGGGAUAACUUUUAAUCUUUUAACUGCAAAAAUAAAUUUCAUGGCCAUUCCAAUAAUGAUUGUUAAAUAUCUAUCAAAAAAACAUAAAGUUAGUAUUUUCUGUAAGUUACAUUGUCUCAAUAAUGUUGACAUAUCUGAAAAGAAAAUAGUUUUGAACAUGACAUUCCUCAACAAAAGAUAGAUUGGUAUAUAUAAAAAAAAAAAAGCUGCUUUCUGUUUUUAAGCAUAAUGAAAUUUUGAGUGGAUAUAUCUGAUUUUUGCAGUAAAAGGGUUAAGUUAACUUGAAUUAAGUGAAUUUGAUUAUCACAAAAUGUUAUAUUAUUAAAAUAACAGUGGAGUGGACAAAACAAAAAAAAGUAGUGUUUGACAAAAUGCCUUGCAGUAUUUAGUUAUGGCUCCUCACCUUUCAACU